GUAGGCAAGGAUCCCCGUCAGGGUGGAUACCUAGCGCUUCGAAAUUCCAAUUUGCCUCCGAGGUGUGUAAAGCGGCGGUUUAAAUUGCCAAACGAAGGGAGCAGUCUUGCUGUUGCUUCAGCAAACCCUCUCAAGUGUCUCCCUUUUGACUUGUGCCGGCACAGCGGCCAAGUAGACUGGUCGUGGCGAAACUAGCCUUUGGCUGAGGUCAUCUGAGGGAGCGUGAGAGGGGCACGCCAUGUUUGUCUUCUGCUUGGGAUGGGGGCUGGGCUGCCUCCGGCUCUGUCUGCUCCCAGUGCGGGCCCGCGAGGUGCCCGGGCGCUGGGCGUGUGGGGCCUGUCAGGCCCGCCUGUACGGCUCAGGUGGGUCCCAGCCCGAGGUCUCUCGCUCUGGUCCCGCGCGCCAGACUCUGAAGGAAUGGGCGCUGCUGGUGAGCCCUUUCGGCCGGCUGCGGACGCGGCUCCCGUGCCAGCUGGCCGUGAGGCCCCUGGACCCCCUCAGCUACCCGGACGGCGACCGCGUGCUGGUGGCGGUGAGCGGAGUGGAGGGCGGGACCCUGGCCGGCCUGCAGGUGAAGUACGACGAGGCGCAGAAGGAGGUGGCCAUCGUGUCUGACGUCAUCGACCCCCAGGCGUCGGUGGAAGUGAACGCGCCCCUGAAAUUUGAUUUGAAUAUCAAGUCAUCAGGGUCUGGCUGUGUAAAAGUCCAAAAUAUUGAGUGUGAUGAUUGCAAAAUUGAAAUUGAGCAAGGGACCAGCAUAUUACAGUCUGUUAAGAGCCAAAAAUUACAUGUUCAAACAAAAGGAGGCAAAGUGAUCUGCCUGGGAACAGUUUAUGGAAAUAUAGAUAUUCAUGCAUCAGAUAAAAGUACUGUGACCGUAGAUAAACUGCAGGGAAGUUCUGUUAAUAUAUCUACUGAAGAUGGUUUGCUGAAAGCCAAGUAUCUUUACACAGAAUCGUCAUUUCUAUCUUCUGCUGCUGGGGAUGUUGCAUUAGGAAGUGUUCAUGGUAAUAUAACAUUACAAAGCAAGAUGGGUAACAUUACAGUAGAUUCUUCUUCUGGUUGUCUAAAUGCCGCAACUCAUCAAGGUGCUAUAGAUGUAUAUGUCAGCCAGCUGGGAAAAGUGGAAUUGAAAUCCCAUAAAGGAUCUAUUCUUGUCAAGGUUGCAUCUUCUCUUCAAGCUUAUUUACAGUUGUCAGGGAAAGAGAUUGAUGUAAGCUCAGAAGUCCAUGUUGAAGAAAUGAAUGAAGCUCAUAAAGAUGAUGGUGUAGUAAUUACUGGGCUCCUGAAUCAAGCAAGCAAACAUGAAAAAUGGAUUAAGGCUGAUGCCCCAGAAGGCACUGUACGUUUUAGAAGCCAAAGCUGGUUUCAGUCCCUGAAACUGCAGGACUGAGAAUGGUUUGAGUUAUAUUUCUAAAUUUUUAACAAUGACCUAUGACUACAAAAAUUCAAAUACCAUUGUUCAUAUAAAUGUUGAAAACAACAAAUUGGAAUGUCUAAGGGCAGCCUUUUCAAAAUUUGUACUCAGCUAUUAGUUUCCUUCUGUAACAAAUUACCACAAAUUUAUUGACUUAAAAUAAUACCUGUUUGCCUGAGGUAUUAUGGCAAAUCUCUGGACCUGAGAUCUCCUGGACCCUGACUCCACCCAGCAGUAACCCAGCACUAGCCCCAAGGCCUCACAGGGUUCUGCAGUCAACCACCUCAUGACCUGGUUCAACCAACCAAUGGUCAGCAGCCCCUGCACAGGGCAGGACCAGGCAACCAAAUAGACCAGGGGCCAUCCAAGCCUACCUACAUAGUCAGCCUGCCAAAACAGAAAGAACCAUACAGCCCUCCUAGGAGGAACCCCUAGAGCAUAUAACUGUUGAUGAGAGGAGAGUGCAGUGCUGGAACACAAAAGGUCACUUCUUCAAGACUGGGAAACAUAACCAACCUACUGGAUACAUGAAAAUAAAAACAGGUAGUUGGGCAAAAUGAGGUGACAGGGGAACAUGUUCCAAACAAAGGAUUAAGAUAAAACUCCAGAAGAAGAACUAAGUAAAGUGGAGAUAGUCUAACAGUCUAACCAAGAAAGAGUUCAGUGGUGUGAUCCUAAAGAUGAUCAAAGAACUUGGGAAAAGAAUGGAUGCACAGAGUGAGAAAUUAGAAGUUUUUAACAGAGUUAGAAAAUAUAAAGAACAGAGAUGAAGAAUACAGUAACUGAAAUGAAAUUUCAUUAGAAGGAAUCAACAGUAGACUAAAUGAUACAGAGGAAUGGAUCAGUGAGCUAGAAGACAGCUAGUGGAAAUCAGUGAUGCUGAAGAGAAAAAGGAAUGAAAAGAAAUGAGGACGGUUUAAGAGACUUUGGGAAUGUCAAAGCUCACUAAUAUUUGCAUUAUAGGAGUCCCAGAAGGAGGAGAGAGAGAGGGGCUGAGAACAUGAUUGAAGACAUGAUAGCUGAAAACUUCCCUAACCUGGGAAGGAAAACACAUCCAAGACUAGGAAGUGCAGUGAGCCCCAUACUGGAUUAACUUAAAGAGGAAGACACCAAGACAUAUUGUAAUUAAAAUGGUAAAAAUUAAAGAUAAAGAGGAAUAUUAAAAGCAGCAAGGGAAAAGUAGCAUGUUACAUACAAGAGGAACUCCCAUAAGGCUAUCACCUGACUUUUUAGCAGAAACUCCACAGGCCAAAAGGAAGUGGCUUGAUAUAUUUAAAGUGAUGAAAGGGAAAAACCAAAGACCAAGAAUAUUCUAGCCUGCAAGGCUCUCAUUCAUAUUCAAUGGAGAGAUCAGAAGGUUUAUAGAAAAGCAAAAGCUAAAAGAGUUCAGCAUUAGCAAACCAGCUUUAGAGAAAUGUUAAAGGAACGUCUCUAAGCAAAAAAGGACACAAGAAGUAUGAAAAAUCAUGAAAGGAAAAUACUCAUCAAUAAAGGUAAACAUAAUAAAGGUAGGAAAUCAUCCACACACAAAGCUAAUAGGAAGGUUGAAAGACGGAGUAAAAUCGUCUAUAUCUACAAUAAGCAGUUAAGGGAUACACAGGACAAUUAUAUGUAAAAUAUGAUACCAUAAACAGUAAUCGUGAGGGUAGGAGAGUACAAAUUGUGGGUUAAGAUGCAUUUGAAAUGAAGAGCUCAGCAACUUAAAAAUGAUCAUGUAUAUAUAGACAGGGAUUGCUAUAUAUAAAUCACAUGGUAACCACAAACCAAAAAUCUAUAAAAGGUAUACACAAAAAAAGAAAAAGGAAUCCAAACAUAACACUAAAGAUAGUCACCAAAUCACAAAAGAAGAGAACAAAGGAACAAAAAAAGAUACAUAAAACAACCCCCAAACAAUUAACAAAAUGGCAGUAAGAACAUACAUAUCAAUAAUUACUUAAAAUAUAAGUAGAUUAAAUGCUCCAAUCAAAAGAGUGACUGGAUGGGUACAAAAACAAGACAUAGAUAUGCUGCCUACAGAAGACUCACUUCAGAUCUAAAGACACACACAGACUGAAAGUGAGGAGAUAGAAAAAGGUAUUCCAUGCAAAUGGAAAUCAAAAGAAAGCCAGGGUAGCAAUAUUUAUAUCAGAUGAAAUAGACUUUAAAACAAAGACUGUAACAAAAGGCAAAGAAGGACAUUACAUAAUGGUCAAGGGAUCAAUCCAAGGAGAAGAUAUAACAAUUGUGUAUUUACCCAGCAUAAGCAAAGCUAAAUAUACAAAGUGAAUGUUAACAGACAUACAGGCAGCAGGGGACAGUAACACAACAGUAGUAGAAAAUUUAUUACCACAUUUACAUCAAUGGACAGAUCAUCCAGGCAGAAAAAUCAAUAAGGAAACACAGUCCUUAAGUGACAUAUUAAACCAGAUGGAACUUAUAUAAACAUUCCAUCAGAAAGCAGCAGUAUACACAUUCUUUUCAAGUGCACAUGGAACAUUCUCCAGGAUAGAGCACAUGCUAGGCCACAAAACAAGCAUUGAUAAAUUUAAGAAAAUUGAAAUCAUGUCAAGCUUCUUAUCCAACCACAACAGUAUGAGACUAGAAAUCAACUACAAGAAAAAGAAAAUGCAAAAAACAUAAACGUGGAGGGUAAACAUUAUGCUACUAAAUAAUAGAUCACUGAUGAAAUCAAAGAAGAGGUUUAAAAAGAAAACAAAACAAAACACUGGAGACAAAACAACACCACAAUCCAGAAUCUAUGGGAUGCAGCAAAAGCAGUUCUAGGAGAGCAGUUAAUAGCAAUACAAGCCUGCCUCAGAAAACAAGAAAAAUCUCAACCUAACACUACACCUAAAGGAAAUAGAAAAAGAACAAACAAAAUUCGAAAUUAGUCAAAAGAAAGAAAUUAUUAAAGGUCAGAACAGAAAUAAAUGAAAUAGACUACAUACAAACAAACCAGCAGAAAAGAUCAGUGAAGCUAAGAGCUGGUUCUUUGAAAAGAUAAAGUUCAUAAACUUUUAGCCAGAUGUAUCAAGAAAAAAAGGAUACAAAUCAAUAAAAUCAGAAAUGAAAAAUUAGUUACCGCUGAUGCCACAGAAAUAUAAAGGAUCGUAAGAGACUACUACAAACACUAUAUGUCAGUAAAAUGGGGCAAAUCCUAGAAAUAUAUAAUCUUCCAAGACUGAACUGGAAAGAAAUAGAAAAUAUUAACAGACCAAUUAUAAGUAAUAAAAUUGAAUUAGUAAUUUAAAACCUCCCAACAAAAGUCCCUGACCAGUUGGCUUCACAGAUGAAUUCUAUCAAAUAUUUAGAGAAGAAUUAACAUUUAUCCUUCUUAACUAUUCCAAAAAAUAAUAAAGGAACACUUCCAAACUUGUUCUGUGUGGCCAGCAUCACCCUGAUAACCAAAACUAGACAAAGACAGCACACAAAUUACAGGCCAUUAUCACUGAUGAACAUUGAUAUAAAAAUCCUCAACAAAACAUCAGCGAACUGAAUCCAACAAUACAUCAAAAGAAUCACAUACCGUGAUCAAGUGGGAUUUAUCCCAGGGAUGCAAGAAUUUUUCAGUAUCCACAAAUCAGUCAAUGUGAUGUCACAUUAACAAAUUGAAGAAUAAAAACCAUAAGAUCAUUUCAAUAGAUGGAGAAAAAGCUUUUGACAAAAUUCAACAUCCAUUUAUGAUUAAAAAGUCUCCAGAAAGUGGGCCUAGAGGGAACAUACCUCAACAUAAUAAAGGCCAUAUAUAACAAACCAAUACUAUCAUACUUAGUGGUGAAAAGCUGAAAGCGUUUCCUCUAAGAUCAGUAACAAGAAUGCUCAGUCUUGCCACUUUUAUUCAGCACAGUUUUGGAAGUCCUAGCUACAGCAGUCAGACAAGAAAAAUAAAUGGAAUCCAAAUUGGAAAGGAAGAAGGAAAACUGUCACUGUUUUCAGAUGACAUACUAUAAGUGAAAAUUCCUGAAAAUGCCACCAAAAAACCACUAGAGUUCAUCAGUAAUUUGUAAAGUUGCAGGACACAAAAUUAAUAUACAGAAAUCUGUUGCAUUUCUAUAUGCUAACAACUAUAAGAAAGAGAAAUUAAGGAAACAGUUCUAUUUGCCAUUGCAUCAAAAAUUAUAAAAUACCUAGGAGUAAACCUGUCUAAGGAGGUAAAAGAUCUGUACUAUGAGACACUGAUGAAAGAAACUGAAGGCAGUCUAAACAGGUAGAAAGAUAUGCCAUGUUCAAGGAUUGGAAGAAUUAAUGUUAUAAAAUGGUCAUACUGCCCAAGGCAAUCUACAGAUUCAGUGCAAUCUAUAUCAGAAUACCAAGGGCAUUUUUUUCCACACAACUAAAAUAGUUCUAAAAUUUGUAUGGAAACACAGAAGAUCCUAAAUAACUAAAACAAUCUUCAGAAAGAAGAACAGAGCUGGAGGAAUCGUGCUCCCUGACUUCAGACUGUACUGUAAAGCAACAGUUAUCAAAACAGUAUGGAAAAAUUGACACAAAAGACAUGUAGAUCAGUGGAACAGAAUAGAGAACCAAGAAAUAAACCCAUGCGUUUACAGUCAAUUAACCUGUGACAAAGGAGAUGACUCUAUUACAAUGAAAAAAAGAUAGUCUUUUCAAUAAAUGGUGCUGGGAAAACUAGACAGCUACAUGUAAAAGAAUGAAAUCAGAAUAUUUUCUAACACCAUUUGCAAAAAUAAAAUGGAUUAAAGACCUAAAUGCAAUACCAGAAAACAAAACUUCUAGAAGAAAGCAUAGGGGGAACACUCUUUGACAUAAACCAUAGCAAUAUUUUGGGGGAUCUGUCUCCUAAAGCAAAGGAACUAAAAGCAAAAAUAAACAAAUUUAAAAGCUUUAGCAAAGCAAAGGAAAUCAUCAACAAAAUAAAACAACAACCUACUGAAUGGGAGAAAAUAUUUGCAAAUGAUAUGACCCAUGGAGGUUUAUAUCUAAGAUAUAAAAACAGCCCUUAAACUCAAAAUCAAAAAGGGGAGGGAGAGGGGGAGGGGAGACCUGAUUUGCAAAUGGGCAGAAGACCCAAAUAGAUACUUUUCCAAACAAGUCAUACAGAUGAGCAUAAGCACUUGAAAAGAUUGUCAACAUCAUUAAUAAUCUGAGAAUUUCAAAUUAAAACCUCAAUGCAAUAUCAUCUCAUAUUUGUCAAAAUCGCUAUUAUCAUAAAAGACCACAAAUAAAAAAUGUUGGCAAGAUGUGGAAAAAAGGGGAACCCUCUUACACUUGGUGUGAAUGUAAAUUGGUGCAGCCACUAUGGAAAACAGUAUGGAGGUUUUUCAAAAAUACAAAAAGUAGGACUAACAUAUGACCCAGCAGUUCCACUCCUGGGUAUUUAUCUGGAAAAAAAAAAAAAAAACUAAUUUGAAAAGAUACAUGCACCCCAAUAUUCAUAGCAGCAUUAUUUAUAAUUGCUAAAAUAUGGAAGCAACCUAAUUGCCCAUUAACAGAUGAGUGGGUAAAGAAGAUGUGGUACAUAUAUUCAAUGGAAUACUACUCAGGCAUAAAAAAGAACAAAAUAAUGCCAUUUGCAGUAACAUGGAGGGAUUUUAUGAUAAAGCAUGCUAAGUGAAAUAAGUCAGAGAAAGACAAGUACUGUUUGAUAUCACUUGUAUGUGGAAUCUGAAAAAUAAAAACUAGUAAAUAUAACAAAAAACAAGCAGACUCACAGAUAUAGAGAACACACUAGUGGUUAACAGUGGGGAGAGGGAAGUGGGGAUGGGCAGGAUAUGGGUAGGGGAUUAAGAGGUACAAACUGCUAUAUAUAAAAUAAGCUGUAAGGCUAUAUAGUACAACAUGGGAUAUAGCCAAUAUUUUAUAACUGUAAAUGGAAUAUAACCUUUAAAAAUUGUCAAUCAGUGUUGUACACCUGAAACUUAUAUUGUGUGUCAACUAUACCUCAUUAAAAACUUUUUUAAAAAUAAAAGUAGUUGUAAAGCUGGAAAAAAAGAAUACCUGUUUAUCAGCUCACAGUUCUGUAGGUCAAGAGCUCAGCAUGGUUAGAGUCUCUGCUCAGGGUAUCCACAAGGCUGGACUUAAGGUGUUAUCCAGGCUGAGUUCUCACCUGAAUGAUCUGAGGAAUAGUCUACUUCCAGGCUUAUUUGUAUUGUUGGCAAAAUCCAGUUCCUUGUGACUGUGUGACUGAGACCUCUGUCUCCAUGCUGGCUGUCAGUCGGCAAUCAGUAUGCUUCUAGAGGGCACCCGCAUCCCUUCUCACAUGGCCUUCUCUGUCUUCAAGCCAGCAGUAAUGCAAUCAGUCGUUCUCAUGCUUUGAAUAUCUGAGCUCUUUUUCUGCAACCACCUUGGGAUAACUGCUUUUAAAGAGCUCAGAGGAUUAGGUCAGGCCUACUUAGGAUAAUCUUUGUUUUGCCAUAUAAUGUAACAUAAUCAUGGAGUGAUAUCUUAUAUUCAUAGUUUCCACUUACACUCAAGAAGAAGAAACUAUACAACAAUAUAGGUAAUAAUGGGCAGUUAUUUUAAAAUUCUUUGUAUUAGAGCUCUUGUGUAACAUAUUUUCUAGUUAGUAUUGUACUUAUUAUGACAAUAUCAAUUUAAGCUGUGAAUAAAACAUCACAAACAUGAUGCAAUUGCUACUGGUUAUUUUCUUUUCUGUAAUUUAAGACAUAAUGCAUGGGGAGGUACUUUAUAGCCUGACAUGAAGAUAGAUCUUCAGUUUUACAAUGGCAUAUUACAUGAAGUUAUUUUAUGAGUUCUUUUUCUUUCAAACCUUACAUGUUUACUCCUGAAACAUUUAAAUUAUACAACACUGAAUAGACCUAUCUAUUGGACUGUACUUCUCAUCCUUAGGAUAAAUCAGUUCUUAA